GAGUUCAUGUCCGUCUCGACUUCUCCGCCAGCAUCGUCAAACUUACCUUGGGUACCUAAGGUAGAGAACAUGGCAGGUCCGAACGCCCGGAGAAGGUUUAUGUAACUGCAACUGCUAAGAUGUGACAAAGUCUUUUCUUAGCUGCAGUAAUCUGGGGCUAUUGGCUUUGCUUAUAUUUGACUUGGGUAGCUCCCACAUCCAUGGAGGCUAUCCUCGAGUUAGUCAGGACCGUUUCUUAUUAAUGUACCUAACAACUCCCCCUUUUAUACACAUCUCAGAGUAGCCCUCACUCAACUUACUUUAUCCUCAACUAAUCGAAUCAUGUCUAAGGAUCCUGAAAGGCCUAACGUUGUCCUCAUCCUCGCAGACAACCUGGGAUGGGGUGAGUUAGGCUGCUACGGAGGAGGCAUCCUCAGGGGUGCAGCUACGCCCAGAAUCGAUGCUUUCGCUAAAGAAGGACUGCUUCUACAUAAUUUCAAUGUUGAAAGCGACUGUGUGCCGACACGUUCAGCUCUGAUGACAGGUAGACAUCCAAUUCGCACUGGUUGUCUACAAUCAGUUCCACCUGGCUUUCCUCAAGGUCUUACGCGAUGGGAGAGGACUCUCGCAGAAGUCCUGAAGACAAAUGGCUAUGCCACAGCGCAUUUUGGAAAGUGGCAUUUGGGUGAUAUCCCAGGCCGUUAUCCUAGCGAUAGAGGGUUCGAUGAGUGGUACGGAAUCCCUAGAACUUCCGAUGAAAGCCAAUUUACUUCGACGGUUGGGUUUGUAGCUGAUGUUGUGGAAACGCCGUAUAUCAUGAAGGGGAAGGCUGGCACACCGUCCGAAAAUGUCCAUGUAUACGAUCUUGAGCAGCGAAGGUUAAUUGACGAGACAUUGGUCGAAUACUCGAAGGAUUGGUUAAGCCGGCAAGUUAACGAGGCGAAGGCGCCGUUCUUCUUGUACCACCCGUUGAUACAUCUACAUUUUCCUACACUGCCGCAUCUCGACUUUGUAGGGAAGACAAACCAUGGUGACUUUUCAGACUCCAUGGCCGAGAUGGAUUUCCGCGUAGGUCAGCUCCUUGAUCACAUCGAUUCGCUUGGUAUUGCCGAUAACACCGUGGUUAUCUUCGCGUCCGACAAUGGACCAGAAUUCCGCCCCCCUUACAAAGGAACAGCCGGCCCUUGGUCAGGCACGUACCAUACCGCUAUGGAAGGAAGCCUUAGAGUGCCCUUCAUAAUCCGAUGGCCAAAUCAUGUUCCUCCAGGAACCACCUCUAAUGAGAUAGUCCAUGUCACCGAUAUCUUCUCCACCAUUAUCAGCAUUACUAAGUCUCCGUUGCCUGACGAUCGACCCUUUGACGGUGUCGACCAGACUCCCCUUUUUCUCAAGCCGGUUGAGUCAAAGUCGUCUCGCGAGGGAUUCUUGUUUCAUAUUAAGAACGAGUUACGGGCAAUUAAGUGGCGAGAUUGGAAAAUGCAUUUCGUUUGGGAGCCGCAGGUGAACAAAUCAUCAGGGAAACUAGAGUCCCCAUACCUAUUCAACACCACGCGCGAUCCGAAAGAGGAAACGGAUAUAUUAGCAUAUAAUACUUGGGUUAUGCAACCUAUGUUUAGGCUGAGGACGGAAUUUGAGAAGAGUUUGAGGAACGAUCCGGCACCACCAGACCCUCUUAAAGCUUUAUGAUCUCAACCAGAAGUGGACUGGAAUUUGGAGUAUGAAUGUAGAUAGACAACUCGUAUACUCAUGUAUUGUGAAGAGAGAAAUAUGAAGAGAAAAAAGCGCGUAUUGGUUGGUGUAAAAGUCCAGAAGAAACGCGUCAUAGGAAAUUCGGCUCAUGCCUGUCCUGUCAUUGCUCCGUG